AUGUCUAUCAUGAUGAAGGCCACACGCCUCCUACUAACACUAGCCCUACUACACGGCGGUGUCCCCGCCGUCCAGGCACAAAAGCCCUCGCUCGAGAUAGCGCUCACGCUCGACGUGCCGGUGAACGGGGUGAGCACGACACCCUCAGGGCGGAUCUUCCUUUUAUACGCGCGGGUCGACGGGUCGCAAGGCCCCCAAGUGGUCGAAUACAACGCGACGAGCAACAUAACGACGCCGAUCCCGUCGGCGGAAUGGAACAGCUUCAACGCGUCGUCGCCAUCGUCGUCCUCCGACCCAGCCACGCAUCUAAUCCGCACCAACUCGCAGCGCAUCGGGCCCGACGGCGCCCUGUGGCUCGUCGAUGUCGGCAGCCCGAGCUUCGGCGCCCCCGUCAUCUUUCCUGACGGGCCGAAACUUGUCCAGUUCAAUCUCACCACCAACCAGGUCCAACGCACGUAUUUCCUGGGCAAUGUCACCAGGGUCAAUAGCUUGCUGGACGAUGUCAGGUUUAAUCCCCUGACUGGUGUUGCCUAUCUCACGGAUGCGGGGAGUCCUGGAUUGAUCGUCUUGGAUCUGAAGUCGGGAUUUGCGGUGCGUGUGUUAGACGACCACCCCUCGACGCGACGAGGCGACUUCCCCGUCUCGGGCGAAGGCACGCUGAUGCACGGGCCGGACGGGGCGUAUUUGUACGUAUACGCGGACCACCACGAGCUCUCACCGUCGGGACAAUACUACUACUUCCAGCCGGCGAACGGGGGCCUGUCGCGGAUCGAAAGCCGCUGGCUGGACGCGGCGCUGUACAACUCGAGCCUGAACAGCAACGCGGUGCUGGGGGCGUACGUGGAGCCGUUCGCGCUCACGCCCUCGACGGGCGGCACGGCCAUCGACGCCGACGGCAACAUCUACUGCUCCGACACGGACAGGCUGGCUGUCGAGAAGAUCGCGCCCAACGGCACCCGCGAGACCCUCGUCCAGGACGACCGUCUGCUCUGGGUCGAUGCCAUGUGGAUCGACGCUGAGGGAAAGCUCUGGAUGCCCGCCGCCCAGCUCAAUCGCGGCAUUCCCUUCAAUAAUGGCACGAAUCGUGUCGUCAAGCCGCUGCAUGUCUUUACCCUGGAUAUUGGCGUCGGGCCCAGUCCGAUUGAUCAUGCUUGA